AUGUUCCGACUUCUGAGUGCCUGCUGGUCUCGACAAAAGGCCACAGAACCAAAGCAAAGGAAUGUGACUAUCAUUGUCAUUGGCUUGGACAACUCAGGCAAAACUCAUCUUGUGGAGGCCCUUCAAAGAUUAAUUCCUAGCAAGAUGCACAGCAAUACGAAGCCAACACAGAUUAGACUUCUACUAGAUGAUUAUCAAGUAUCUCUCUAUGACCUCAAUGGAGACCAAAAAGGCCGAGAGAAAUGGCCGAGCUACUAUGCUGAGGCACACGGGCUUGUUUUCGUCCUCGAUUCUAGUGACACAGCACGCAUACAGGAAGUGAAGAUCAUCUUAACACGCCUGAUGUUUGAUAAAAGGGUAGCAGGGAAGCCCAUCUUAAUCCUGGCAAACAAACAAGACAAGAAGGAAGCCCUCUUGCCUUGCGAUAUCAUCGAAUAUCUACUUCUGGAAAGGCUAGUGAAUGAGACUAAGUCCAUGUGCCGUGUGGAGCCAUGUUCAACUAUGAAAAACCUCCCAAAGAGGAACCAACAGCCGAUAAUUAUAGGCCUGCGCUGGCUGUUAGCUGCUAUUGGGGAUCAAUAUGAUGAGCUGUGUACUCGACAACAAACAUCUGGUAAGAGCAUCUCAACCUCCAAGAACUUCAGAGGCUGUGGAGAGAGAUGCUCAUCGGACAGCAUAGCUAACAGAGGGGGAAUGCUCAAAGACAACAGACAGCGCGUUCAGAAAAGACAACACCUGGAACAUAGACAGCAUAUUGAACAAAGACACUUUGAGAAAAGGCAGCAUUUUGAAUCAAGACAACAUUUAAUACAGCGCUCACUGGAUGCUAGGCCCCUAAAGCCAAUCCUACAGAAAGAUGGUCUGCGAAUGAGGCCCAAAAAGAAUAUGUCAGUAACAUUUGCUUUGGACGUAAUCAUGGAGGAAGGUGAAUGUUCUCGGAAGAUUGGAACUCAGAGUAUCGCCAAACCUUGCAACAACCAAUGUUAUGAGACACAGACUGCAGCUCCAUCUAUUGACAACAAACUUUUCAAAGCUCGUAGGCCAAAAAAGAGAAUAGAUACCUGGGACACUGAAGAAAUGUUACUGGAAGAUCCCCGUGGCGAAGCCUUCCGUUCCAGCAUAAAUGGGCAUACCUCCAGAACCAGCAGGAACACACGAAAUGUUUAUUUUACUUCCCAGUUUGAGGGGGAAAUAAAGUCCAUUGUGAAGGGAGAGAGAGGCACAUUAUCUCGAGUGGCCCUAGCUGUGGCAACAGAGCAUAUGGCAAUGGCGACACUGCAUUCAGAGUCAGGAAGCAGAAAGAAAUGCUGGCGCUCAGUUCACUCUCACACCCCUCCCCCUUUCAGUCCAGGACCACCCCACUCCACUGUGGUGCUGCUGCACACACCCAGGGUAUCUUCCUUCGGUGGAAACAUCCUCACAGACAUCUGGAGGCGUUUCCAUAGAGAUUCUAAAUCUGUCAAGUUGACAAUGAUGAUUAACUGUCACAUCCUGUCAGAGAUACUUUAA